GCUUGCCUCAGGCUCUCUCCUCCUCUCUUCUCUCUGCACGUUUGCUUGCAGACCAGCACCGUUGUGCAAAUCGACAGAGAAGAGGACAAGAAGUCAUGGUUUCUGAGAAGUUUUACCUGCGCCUGCUCACCUUUGUGGCCCUACUGACUGUACUGGCUCUCUCAGAUGUUGCUAGUGAGAACACCCUGGAAAAACUCUUGAUGAAAAGAGUGGACACUGAUGUAAAGCCAGCUGCAGCUGCAGCUGUGGCUGUGACUCCCUCCAAGGCCAAACAGUUCCUGGCCUCCCUUAAAAGGUCCAAAAGAAACCUGUGGGACCGCAGCCGACCUGACGUUCAGCAGUGGAUCCAGCAGUUCAUGUACAUGGGCUUUGAUGAAGCAGUGAGUACUUGUGUCAGCUUUUAAUAUACCAUAAACCAAUGUGAUAUAUAAAAGGUCUUAAAAUAGCUUUGGGUAUAGCUACACCUGGCUUUAUGUCUUUUUUUACUUCUCA